CAGCAGACAGGCUUCAACUUCACACAAGGCUACAACACCGAAAAGACGCGUUUGACAUCCAUUACCUCAACUGGACAUCUAUCCAAGAAAGGCGCACACAGUACUCAGCCAACUGUUUUUUUUUUCGAUCAAUGGAUCAAUUUGUAAUAGUGCGCGAGCCGUAAGGUAAAGAUAGCUUUUGUGUGGGUUGCUGUUGGCGUCAAAGUGGAUGCACAGAGCAAGCGAGACCCCGCCGCGCUUCAACACCUGAGAGGAGACCAGUGUUGAUAUCUCAGACUCGCUGCAUCUCUGAGAAAGAGGAGGAGGAGGAGGCAUCCGGAUAAAGGUGACCGGGCAGAGGACCGAACAAGUUUUGUAGAGGAUACUGGGAGGAGCCAAUCUUUAAAAUGCCUGUGGCAACAUCCUGCUCUGACUCUGCCAUGCAUCAGACCCUGGAUACACUGAGUGACAGCACCAGCUCUACGACUGCUAAUGACCUGGAUCUUAUCUUCCUGAAGGGUAUCAUGGAGAGCCCAGUGGCCCACGAGCGGUUUGAGGAACCUAAGCUUGAGGCCGUGGGUGAGAACAAUGUGGAGCUGGUUCAGGAUAUCCUGAAGGAGCUCAGCCCGCUCACACACAGAAGCCAGGCAGCUGAGGAGCUGGUCCGCAUCCUGAAGGAACCUCACUUCCAGUCUCUCCUGGAAACACACGAUUCUGUCGCAUCCAAAAACUAUGACACUCCUCCUCCCAGCCCCUGUUCUUUCAUGGAUGCAGCCCUCAACAACCAGCCUGUUCCCCCAGAUGCAGUCAGGAUGGUGGGCAUCCGCAAAGUGUCGGGUGAGCACCUGGGAGUGACUUUUCGAGUAGAGAGCAGCGAACUGGUGAUUGCAAGGAUUCUUCAUGGCGGCAUGAUUGAUCAGCAAGGUCUGCUCCACGUGGGCGACAUCAUCAAAGAGGUGAAUGGCAAGGAGGUGGGGAACGACCCCAAAGUGCUCCAGGAGAUGCUGAAGGAGGUGAGCGGUAGUGUGGUGCUGAAGAUCCUGCCCAGCUACCAGGAGCCUCACACACCAAGACAGGCUUUUGUGAAGUGCCACUUUGAUUACGACCCAACACAUGAUAACCUGAUUCCCUGCAAGGAGGCCGGCCUUAGUUUCAGCAGUGGAGACAUCCUGCAGAUCUUUAACCAGGAGGACCUCAACUGGUGGCAGGCCUGUCACAUAGAAGGAGGCAGUGCAGGCCUGAUUCCAAGCCAGCUCCUUGAGGAGAAGAGGAAAGCGUUUGUGAAGAGAGAUCUGGAGCUUUCUACCACAGGUCCUUUGUGUGCAGGAAUGGGUGGUAAGAAGAAAAAAAAGAUGAUGUAUUUGACCACCAAGAAUGCAGAGUUUGAUCGGCAUGAGCUGCGGAUCUAUGAGGAGGUUGCCAAAGUGCCGCCGUUCAGGAGGAAGACGCUGGUUCUGAUUGGAGCGCAGGGGGUUGGUCGUCGGAGUCUGAAGAAUAAGCUGCUGGUGUCGGAUAGCCAGCGAUAUGGCACCACCAUCCCAUUCACUUCCAGAAAACCAAAAGUGGAUGAAAGGGAUGGUCAAAUGUACUCCUUCAUGAGCCGAAGCGAAAUGGAGUGUGACAUAAAAAAUGGCCGUUUUUUGGAGCAUGGAGAAUAUGAUGGGAACCUGUAUGGCACAAAGAUCAACUCCAUCCAUGAGGUGAUAGAAACAGGGAAGAUUUGCAUCCUGGAUGUCAAUCCACAGGCUCUGAAAGUCCUGCGGACGUCUGAAUUCCUGCCCUAUGUUGUGUUCAUUGAAGCCCCAGAUUUCGAAGUCCUCAAAGCUAUGAAUAGGUCAGCAAUAGAGUCUGGCGUAGUCACCAAACAGUUAAUGGACUCUGAGCUAAAGAGGACGGUGGAUGAGAGUGAGCGCAUUAAGAGAGCGUAUGGACAUUAUUUUGACAUCUGCAUCGUAAACGACGGCCUAGAAGCGGCUUUCCGAAGUCUACGGCUGGCACUGGAGAAACUGUCAACGGAGCAUCAGUGGGUGCCUGUCAGCUGGGUGUUUUAAACGUGGCCAGCAAGCUUCCUCGCAAAAUGCCGGAGCCACAAGUUGGAGGACGAUUUCUCAUUGGUGGCAUCAGAGGAGGGCUGCUUCCAUGCAGCUGGUGGUGAUGGGAGCUGAGCAUCAUGAAUCAGUGCAAAUGACCAGCCUCAUGUAGAGCAUUUUUGUACAAACUUAGUGUUCUUCUGUUGAGCCCAAUGUCAAGAUGUAUUUUAUUUGUUAGACCUGGAAUAAUUCUAUUGAUGUUUGUUGAGAAGGAUUUAGAGUUGGUUACGAGGUGUAGUGCAAUAGCGUGUGUGGGCAUUAUAAAUGUGGACAUAGAGUAAUGCAUAUGUUUUCCAAGUAAAAGUGCUCAGUUGGAGGUUUUUGUGGGAGAUUUCUAGCCUUUACAAAUCUUAAAUACUUUAUGUAGUGUAAUGUUUACAUUGGAUCACUAGGACAGAUUGAGGAAAGAUACCAAAUGUUAUAUUUGUAUUGAAUACUCAAUAUUUUGCCAUUUGAUCAUAUGGUAUGUUUGUAUGUGUUCAGAAUUGUGCUUAAACUUGUGUGUUCUUUCAUUUUAAAACUGAACAGCAAUAGAUUAUCUUGAAUACACAUGCAAUACAUGUACUGACAGACUCAGUUUCAGAAAGUGAGGAGUGAAGAGACGUCUCUCUUCAGACAUAUUGCAUUAAUCUUGCAGUCUCAGUUGGUUUUAUUUUUUCUAAUGUUUAUUACAAUGAGCAAUUUCCAUCCUGUGCUGGAAAUGCUCCAGUUUGUUGGACAGUAAGAGGAUCCAACUGAAGGAUGAGUUUUAUUUGUAGCACUGAAAACAUUUUAACCCUAGAAAAAAGAUCUAGAAAAAUACCUAAAUAAGUAGCCUAGACCAGAGUAUGCAUUGCAUAAUGAAGGGAAAAUAUAUUACCUAAGAUCACCAGUUGGACAGAAAAUGGAAGAACCUUUUUUGUUAUUUUGAUGUACAAGCAGUAAAACAGUUUACCAGUGGCUUCUAAUUCCUGCUUUGCCUUAACAUGGUUCAAAAAGCCAAGGAAACACUAUUUUUUCAUCAUGGAACGUCUCACUCUAUCAUUGUACAUGUUAGUACUUGGAAAAAGAAAA